AUGAUGUUCAAUCUUCUGGCUGUGUUGCCAUUGUUGGCUUUGGCAGCUGCCAAAUGCAAGGUGCACGAUCAGACGUUUACGCCGGAUUAUGUGCUUGAAGCGACGCUGGAGGACAUCAAAGUCAAUUGCAAAUCCCGUCAAUCGGUUGUUUUUAACGGGACUUUUCCGGGACCUACGCUGCACCUCAAAGAAGAACAAACAGUCUGGAUCUGUGUGUACAAUCGCGUGCCAGACCAGAACCUCACUGUUCACUGGCAUGGAAUAAGCCAACGAGCCGCACCCUUUUCCGACGGUACACCUCUCGUCAGCCAGUGGCCCAUUCCUGCGAAUAACUUCUUCGAUUAUGAAGUUCGACCUCAGCGUGGCGAUGCGGGAACGUACUUUUAUCACUCGCACGUUGGACUCCAGAGCUUGACGGCGCAUGGAGUGCUGAUCGUCAAGGAUGCCGAUAAACCCGAAUACAAGUACGACGGGGACUUUGCGCUCAUCGUCUCAGAUAACUACGAUGCAUCAGAUGAAACAAUUGAGGCGGGUCUUCUCGGGGACCCGUUCAAGUGGUCUGGGGAGCCUCAAGCGAUUACCAUCAACGGCAAUUCUGGAAACCAGAGCUUCGAUACUGCUUCUGACAUUAGCUGCACGCCUCAUGUCAUUGAAGUCAAUCCCGGAAAGAAGUAUCGCAUGCGAUUCAUUGGCGCGACUGCUUUGUCAAUGAUCAAGCUUGGAAUUGACGGGCACGAGAAGCUAACUGUCAUUGAAGCUGAUGGUUCAUAUACCAAGCCCGCCAAGGUCGAUCACGUCCAGGUUUCAUCCGGUCAGCGCUUCAGCUAUCUGCUAAAGACAAAGUCCGCCAAAGAGGUUUGCCAUGGUGACGAUUCACAGUUUUGGGUACGAUAUGAGAGUCGUGAUCGACCGAAGCAGAUCAGUGGUUACGCUAUUCUGAGAUACAAAUGCCCUAAGGGACCAAAGCUGCCAAGGACUCUGCCACUCUCCUCACCUGUUGUCUUGCCAAAUAACACUUACGACUACCUUGAGUACAAGCUCCAGGGACUUUCGGAGUACAACAACAAGGCCUUCCCUCGUUUGAGCGAGGUUACCAGGACGGUGACCAUUCAGAUCAAUCAGGUCCUGACCACUGGACAAUAUGAAAAUGGAACAUUGAACGGCACAGUUGCCUGGGCACAAAAUGGUCUCCCAUGGAAGGAAAGUGUCCAAGCAGAGCGCAACCAAGUCCCAUAUCUCAUCCAAGUCUACGAAACUGGCCAGACACCCAACUAUACCCUCGCUCUAGAGCACGGCGGUUUUGAUCCCAACACAAAAGCCUUCCCAGCCAAGGUCGGUGAAGUCUUGGAUAUCGUAUGGCAGAACAACAACGGUCCUACAGGAGGCUGGGACUUUCACCCGAUGCAUGUCCACGGCUACCAUGUCUAUGAUCUAGGCUCAGGUAAUGGGACUUACGAUGCGCAUGAGAACGAGAAGCACUUCAAGAACUUCACGCCUGUUCUUCGUGACUCUACUAAUUUGUAUCGCUAUGCUACUAAGGGCGUGCCUCACCAUACAGCUGGUUGGAGAGCAUGGAGAAUCAAGAUCACCGAAGAGAACAUCGGAGCUUGGAUGAUGCAUUGUCAUAUUCUUCAGCACCAGGUCAUGGGUAUGGCGACGGUUUGGGUGUUUGGCGAUGCGCAGGAGAUCAAGGGCAAGUUCCCUGCUCUGCCGUACUCGCAGGGUUAUCUGAACUAUGGUGGUAGUGCAUACGGUACUGGUGCUAAGCCUCCGGUUGUGAACCACUAUUAUAGUGAUGACGACUAG